UGUAAUGUAUUUUUGUAAUGGCGAGCAUGUUUGGAAGAUUUGUUUUCAAUGCAAAUUUAAGGAAAUCAGUUGAUUUUAGAAGGUUUUCUAGUUUCAAAAGUAAUUAUAGUUUGGAUAAAAUAUAUCCAAAUAGUAAUUUAAAUAUUAGCACAGCACAGGAGAUUCCAAAAAAUGAAGGAGAAAAAUUUUCUGGUUAUAUUCCACUAGAAGAUAUACAAAUAACACAUAGUAGAAGCAGUGGACCUGGAGGACAAAAUGUCAAUAAAGUGAAUAGUAAAGUAGAAGUAAGAUUUCAUUUAUCUUCUGCUCAAUGGAUACCCGAGAAAGGACGAAAGAGAAUGGAAGAAAUGCAUAAAAAUCAGUUAACAAAAGAUGGAUAUUUAAUAAUUAAAUCUGAUAAAACAAGAACUCAAAGCAUAAAUCUAGCAGACUGUUUAGAUAAAUUACGUUGUAUAGUGAGGGAAGCAUGCAAGCCACCACCAGAAGUUUUACCAGAAACAAGUAUGAUGUUAAAAGCUAGGAAAGAAAGACAGGCAAGAGAACGUUUGCGACAGAAAAGGAUGCAUUCUGAAAUAAAGAAUAGCCGAAAAGCAGUUACAGCACAUGAUUUAUGAUUAUAGCCAAGGUAGGGUGUCAUUCUACUAUUCUUGAAGAUGCAGGAUUGAAUUUGGGUAGCUGAAGAAUCCUAGGAAUUUUUCAUACAUAGUCUGUCCCAGAUGUUAAGCUCUGUCUUUCACCAUCUAUCUAUCCAUUUUUACCAUGCCCUCUUAAUAUCCACAGAGUAGAAAGAGAAAAAAAUGGAAAAAAGAAAAGAUUGUAAUCUUUUGUAAUCUGUAAAAAAUUUUCAUGAAUGAUCUGUAAUCUUUUGUAACUUUUUAUUCUAUCAGAAUCAAUGUGAUGAGUAGAAAAAUAGUAUGA